GGAGGAGGAACAGGAGGGCCUGGUGGAGGAGGAGGGACAGGAGGGCCUGGACAACCAGGGACUGGAGGGACUUGGAGCAUUAUUUCAAAGUAUAAAAGCUACCCAGUGAAGAUCAGUGUGAACAACAAACCAGAUGGGCCAGUCUACCGCCCAAACACCAAGCCCAUCUCCCUCCCAGAGGGCAAAGGACAACUCUCCAUCCCCAAGGUCAUUUGUACCUUUCCUGCCACGGAUGGAGAUACAGGAGAACAGGCCCAGGAUGUCAGGUAUGCAAAAGGUUAUGACCCCGGAAACUGGUUCACCAUUGAUGAGGAGACAGCUGAAAUCACACUCAAUAAGAUGCCAGACCGGGAGUCUCCCUAUGUGGUGAAUGAGACCUACCUGGCCAAGAUUCUCUGUAUGACAAAUGGAAUGCCCACCCAGACAGCCACGGGGACCAUUGCAGUGCAUGUGGAGGACACUAAUGACAACUGCCCCACGCUCACCAGCCACGUGCAGUACCUGUGCAGUGACACUAAGGUGGUGAAUGUGACAGCAGAGGAUUUGGAUGGAGACCCUAACGGUCCGCCGCUUGAGUUCACGCUGCUGGAUGAGGGUGUGGGGGUGAAGUGGAGGCUUCAGCAGACCGGAGAUGCUUCAGCAGCACUGUGGGCUGAAGAUGGUCUUUGGCCUGGCCUCUAUGAGGUCACGUUUGAGAUACGAGACCAGCAGGGGUUGGCCUGUCCUGAAAGACAGGUCCUCAAAUUGGAGGUGUGCACCUGCCAAGGGGGCUUGACUUCCUGUGCUUUAAAACAGGAACAACUGCAGUCAGGGGUUACAACCAGAAAUAAGUCAUUCCAACUGGGAAGAGCUACAGUGGGAGGGAUGCUAUUAGGCCUCCUCGCACUCCUGUUGGUCCCACUUAUGGCUUUGUUCUGCUCCUGUGGAGGAACCAGUGGGCUUGCAGGAGGCUUCACUGACCUGCCCUUUGACACCAAGGCUCAUCUCAUCUCCUAUCACACCGAGGGAAAGGGAGAGGACCGGGAAGUUCCUCUGAUGAGUGUUCCGGUACUAAUCUCCAAAGAAAUUUCAGUUACUGCUUCCGCAAAAAUGGCUACCGCCAUCAUGGUGAGCAGGCAGAUGCAGGAGAAUGCAUUCAGAGGCUUUAAUGACUAUGAUGAGCCAGAGAUGGGGGACAUGGACUUCAGUGCCCAUUUGGAUUAUACUUCAGAUCUGCAGGAGAUGAGAGAGGAGGAUCAGCUCUCAUUCAUGGCACUACCAGACACAUUUCUGGACCAUUACUUCUCACAGAAAGCAGAGCACACAGCAGUGACUUCUUGUCCGAAGGACAAUCUGUUGGUGUAUGAAUACGAGGGACGGGGAUCCCCCGCUAACUCUGUGGGCUGCUGCAGCCUCCUCGAGUCUGAGGAUGACCUCCAGUUUCUAGACGACUUGGGGUCAAAGUUCACCACCCUCGCCCAGAUCUGUGGAUACUCCAAAGUCACAUGCCCAAGAAUGGACCAUCAGAUCACACCUUCCAUGUCAGAAAUGGACACCAGUGUCAUCAUGACAACCGAUGUUAAAAAACAGACAAGGGAGUCCAGGUCCUCAAGCAUCAGCAACCACGAGGCACCACCUGUGCGCAUGGAGAGGAGCGUCAGCUUUGUGGAGGAACACAGCCCACCCCCACUUCCCAGGAUGCAACUGUGCGAGACCAUGACCAUGCCCACCCAGACUGUGUUGGUGCAGCAGCAGCCCCUGUACUACAUGGUGGAGCCGCAGGUUCAGAGCAGAGUGCUGCUGGCUGAGAGGCCCCCAGUGGGUCUUGGUCAGGGAGUGAUCCUGGUGAACGGGAGCCAGGCAGCCACAGAGAGGGUGCUGCUGCAGGGGGGAGGGCUAGUGCAGGGAGGAGGUCUGCUGCAGGGAGGAGGUCUGCUGCGGGGAGGAGGUCUAGUGCAGGGAGGAGGUCUAGUGCAGGGAGGAGGUCUGCUGCAGGGAGGAGGUCUAGUGCAGGGAGGUCGAGUGCAGGGAGGAGGUGUGCUGCAGUGGGGAAGUCUAGUGCUGCAGCAGGGCAGGCACGUUCAAGGGGCUCAGGGGAUGCUAAUACAAAAUGGUCCCAUGUUACAGGGAGUCAGCACCCCGACUAGCCCAACGUUACAGUUUCAGGGUGGUCAUACCCUGGUUCAACACACUGAUGGGUUACAACGUGUGGUGCUUGUGCAAAGGCAGCCUGGAGAUAUAGCACAGAUGCCAGGCCAGACAUUCACCCCUGCACCCCAGCAGAUGCAUAUCCCCAGACAAGAGAGGGUUGUCCUAGUGGACAAGCAGGUAGGGAUGAAGCAAGAUGCCCCAGGAAGUGUCAGAACACUGUGGCCAACAAGUCAUUCAAGUCAUUCAAGUGAAAGUCUAACAAUGCCAGCCUAUGAAAGUGGUCAGAUGAGCAAUGAGAGAGUUAACAUGGCACAAAGCAACAUAACCCAUGUUCCAGUACCACAACCCCAGCAACCCCUUUUCAGCACAGGGUUCCUUGAGGGGUUGGGGGGUCUGGGCCCAGGUCCGGCCCCAGCAGGACACCCGAUGAGCAUACGUGUAGAGGAGGUAAUUUCUGUUGCUACCAUUCCAAAAGUUCCUCAUAUAGCACCAAUAACUUCACAGAUUGAGACUGGGCUGCAGAAGAAAAUGUUUUUUGAGGAAACUGUUGUGGAUUUGACCACAGACACAUCCCAACAAGAGGAGGUCUCAGUGGAGAUCCAGGGGAGCGUUUUGGCUGAGGAACAUGUGGCAGAGGAGGUUGAGUCUUACAAACCUGAACCUCACCUGAAGAUAGACAGCGUGGAAAAAGCCACAGUUGUGCCAGAAGAUCUGUCUGAUGACCUUGGUGAGCCUGAUGUGGACGCCACUGUAGACCAUGGGGAAAUCCUGCCUGUGUCCUCACAGGACGUGACCGUAUCAUCACAAAUGUCAGUGACUGAGGACCCUACCCAACACAAUGUCCCUGAGGUGGCAGAGGGGAAUUUAACAGGAGCAAUACUUGGAAACACAGAUUCUGGGUGGACAGUGGAUCACUAUUCAUCUGACACAACUCUUCUCUCUGUACCUGAGGUAUCCCCAGGUGACUCUGACAUCAUUGAUCUGGUAGCAGACCAGAUCAGUGCUGGUCACUCAUUGCAGUGCGAUUCAGGAAUGGUGGAUGAUACAACCUCUCUGUCAGUGGGUGAAUUGGUGUCUUCAACAAACGACACACAUGCUGAGGAGAUUGAAAAUAAGGUAUCCAGUAUAUCACUGGAAAACACUCCUGAAGCAGAAGAGUUAGGCCCUGGGGAGGGAGAAGCAAGCUAUGUCGAUGGACCCACAGAAUUAACUCCUACGGUAGACAUUCCAGUUUCACUUCAAGAGAUAACAGAUGUUUCAGAGACUGAACUUCAAUCUCGUACCCUGGAGCUGGAUAUAGACAAGAGCCCCGGCCCAGAGGUAUCUCUGGAAACCUUCCAGGGUACUGACCCAGCAGAGAUAGAAGCUUUGGAGGUCACUCUCCUACAAAUGCAGCAGGUUGCAAUCGGUCAAGAGUUGGUAAGGACAGCCUCGCCGUCAGCUGCACCCCAUGACCAAAUCACCACACUUGACCAGGAGAACUUGGAGGAGGGCAAAGAUGUUGGCAUAGAGGGUGAGAGUGUGAUUUUGAGUCAGGUAGUGACUUCUAUGUCUGAGAUGAAUGAGGUAACUGCAAAUGAAUCUCUGGAGCCCAAUGCUGUGGAGAGGCAUACAGUAGAUCCAGCCUCUGUGGAGGAAGAGAGUAAAGUGGAAGUGGUAAGAGAAUACGCUGGACAAAUGCCAGAGGGUGAAACAUCUGGACAAGAUGUGAAGGAACAUCUAGAUCUGCAGAGUGAGGAUGACUCUAGCAUGGACCUCCCAGAAGCAGACAAGCCAAUGCAAGCAGAGAUGGAACCCCUAAGGGAAGCUGAGCAGGUCUUACAGGGUGGAUCUUUGGAGGUCUCUGAAAAUCAAUCAGAAAGGAAUGAAGAGGCACAGGAGCCCAUAAACGAAGGGGACAUGUCUGAUGCAGGGAGCAUGGAGGUACAGUGCUCCACAGCCCAUUCAGACCAAACAGGGGGAGGUCUAGUACAGAGGGGGGAGGUAUAGUGCAGGGAGGAGGUCUGGUGCAGGGAAGAGGUCUAAUGGGGUGCAGGGGGACAAACGUCCAGGGCUUGAGUCCUGAGCAGACUAACCUGGAACGAGCAGAGAGUCUGGUAAUAUCCCAGGGCGGACAUGUUCAAGGGGCACAGGGGUUGGUGCUGCAGCAGGGCGGGCACAUUCAAGGGGCUCAGGGGAUGCUAAUACAAAAUGGUUUACAUGUGGUCCAUCAAGGAGACGGGCUGGUACAGGGAGCACAGAUGUUAAUGGUGCAGGGGGAUCAGCAGCACAGUCCUGGAUCUACGAACAUGUUUCUGAUGAACGGAGGACCCUUAGGCCCGGAUUCCCUCUCACCAGCCAGCCUCUGCCUGCAGCCAACUCGUGUGGCUCUCCAGUGCUGCUUGUGGACAGAGGCAUGAGGCAGGGAGAGGAAAUCCGGCUAGACACCAUGCAGCGAGGUUCUACUAAGGCUCAGAAGAGGCAGGUGGCCAAUGGGCAGGUUGUGCAUGGGCCUGACCGGCACCCCUUACCCCGUAUCCAAGACCUCCUUGACAACUUAGGUGGGCAGUCUUGGUUCUCCCUUCUGGAUCAGGGAAGUGCGUAUCAUCAGGGAUUUGUGGAUAAGGGGUCACAACACUGCACUGCUUUCAGCACGCCAUGGGGGCUUUAUGAAUGGAUCAGGCUUCCAUUUGGGUUAACUAAUUGCCCAGCUGUGUUCCAGAGGUGCAUGGAGUCCGUUCUUGAGGGUCUAUGAGAUGAUACUUGCUCUCCGUACCUUGAUGAUGUCCUUUGCUAUUCUAAAACCUUCUUAGCACGUGUGGAAGAUGUUCGGAGAGUGCUGUGUCAGCUGAGAGCCAGUGGAAUCAAGCUGCGAGCCAUUAAGUGUGACCUCUUCAAACGGCAAGUUCGUUAUGUGGGCCGACUGGUGUCUGGGGAAGGCGUCCAAAUAGACCCCAAGGAUUUGGAGGCAGUGACUCAGUUCAAGGAGAGGAAGCCGACAACAGUAGGGGAAGUAAGAGCACUCCUGGGCUUUCUGAGCUAUUACCGUUCUUUUCCCGUGUGGCCAGACCUUAAUCUGAUGCAAGAAAGAUUCUAUUGGCCAUAUAUGCAGCGGGAGGUGGAGGAUUAUGUCCUGAGAAGUUGUGCAUGCAUUCAGCAAAAACAUCCCUCUAUGCGAGACAAAGCACCAAUGGGCUCCAUCUCCACAAGUUCACCUUUUGAGUUAGUUGCCGUCGAUUACCUCCAUCUGGAACCAAGUAGUGGUGGUUAUGAGUAUAUCUUGGUCAUAAUUGACCAUUUUACACGCUUUGCCCAAGCUUAUCCCACUAAAAACAAAUCUGGCAAAAUAGCUGCAGAGAAACUAUUUAAUGACUUUAUCCCCCGUUUUGGUUUCCCGGAAAGACUCCACCAUGACCAAGGUCGUGAGUUUGAAAAUUGGUUAUUUCAGAGGUUAGAGCAAUUGGCUGGCAUCUCGCACUUUAGAACAACCCCGUACCACCCCCAGGGGAAUCCAGUAGAAAGGCUAAACCGCAUCUUGCUCCAGAUACUCCGGACCCUAAAAGAG